UAUGUGACAUAUGCCUUGGAAAGAUGGUUGUAGGACAAGGCAAGGCAUUGUUUACAGCAGAGUGCUCUCACAUCUUCCAUUUCAGCUGCAUUGCUUGUAGGGUUAAGCAUGGCUGUCACUUUUGCCCUACUUGUCGCGCUACGUGGACACACCUCUUCAUACAAUCAAUUUCAACUCGUACUUCCUUCACCGACGAUAAACCCCUCCCUGUCCCUGCCACCACCCCCGAGGUACCCAACCCCAUCACACCCUCGCAAUGCUAACAUGAUAGUAACAGGCUUACCUCAAUACCCUGCACUAAGCAACUCCGAACAAUCCUCCAGAUUUGGUGUCCUCAUUGGCCUUCAGGCCCCUUGCUUAUCCCCGGAUAGGCAGAUUGACCAUGCCCCACUCGAUCUCAUUGCAAUUCUAGAUGUGAGUGACAGUAUGGGUGGUGAAAAGUUCAGGCUCGCCAAGCAGGCAAUAGAGUUUGUUGUCGACAACCUUGGCCCUUCAGACCGGCUGUCUAUCAUCACAUUUGCAAACUCAAAACGACGACUGACCCAACUUUUGAGGAUGACUGAUGCAAGGCGAGUUGACACUAUCCGGUUCAAACACACCCAUGACUCCACUAAUAUCAUUGCAGGACUGGAAACAGCUGCGAUGAUCCUGGAGAAGAGGAGUGAAAUGAACCCAGUCUCAAGUAUUAUUCUUCUUUCAGACGGUCAAGACAGAAGAUAUAAAGAUUCCCUCGACGCCCUCAAAACUCUCCCGCUUUACCUCCGUAAUAAUGACACAUCGGUUUCUGUUUCACAAACUGGUGCGGUUCCUGUACACACAUUUGGGCUUGGUCAUGACCACAAUGCUACUGUUCUGCACGCCAUAGCAGAUAGUUCAGGUGGGACCUUCUCAUAUAUCGAGUCAAUUGAUACUAUCCAAGACGCCUUUGCUCAGUGCAUAGGAGGAUUGUUAAGUGUUAAGGCACAAGAAGUGGAAUUAAAAGUGAGAUCUGUCUCACCAGGGGUUCAAAUUCAGUGCAUCUUCUCCAGCAGGUAUCGCAGCAGUAUAGCUGCUGAUGGGAUACAUGGAGUGAUACAUAUGGUGGAUGUAUACGCGGAAGAAAAGAGGAUGUUCCUGGUGUCUGUCUCAGUCCCACCAGCUGAUCAGGAGACCUUAACAACGCAGUUGUUAGAGGUCAAUUGUUCCUACAAAGACCCACUCUCUAACCAAUACAUAACGUCUGACAUUGUCUGUGUUGAAAUUCCCCGGCCACCAGCUGAGAACGUUUCAACAGAGGACAUGCAGAUAGAGGUGGAAAGAGAGAUAAUCCGCAUUGGAAUAGCAGAAAACAUUGUCAAGGCACAAGCAAUGGCAGUACGAGGAGAGCUAAGCGAAGCUGUAUCAUUUCUUGAACAGGAAAAAACAAAACUGAUGCGGACAGUCUCAGGAGAGGCAAGGGAUCCUUUAUGUGAACAAUUGCAAAAGGAUUUGAAAGCCAUACAGAAGAAGAUGAAGAGUAGGGAAGAAUUUAAAGCGAGAGGAAACGCUUUUGUACUUUCAAGGUGUAUGACACUUUUUGAUCAGAGAGCUUCAACUCAAGCUCUCAUACCUGAUGGUGCUUCUGGUUCUGCUCCGCCUGAGGACAUACCUUAUUAUCAGACGUCGAUCAUGAGAAGAAUGGUGCAGAAGUCACAGGAACUGCGCGAUCAAAAUGAGAAUUCAGCUGAAAGCAGUAACAACAGCAAGCCUUAAGAAAUUACUUUAAAUUGUCUCUGCAAACUAAAUUCGAAACAGAAGUUUUUCUUUCAGUACUUAUAUUUACAGUAGGUGUGGUUUGGAUUAAGGUGAAGGUUUUGGAAAUGAUUUAGCAGUAGCUUUAUCGAAACUGUAGCCAUCUUACCAUCCUUUUAUAUUUGACUAGCUAUCACAUUUAUAUUAUGUCAACUUAUUAUCAUGAAUAUGAAUGAUAAAAAAAAAGUUGCAGAGAUUAAUAUGAUUUCCAUUGUGUUAAAGAAGCUUCCUUUCUUUCUUUUCUUCAUACUUUCUAGUAUA